UUGUGGGCGGGGCUAGAGACGAGCCGAUGGUCGCUCUGGUCAGUGACUGACGGUCGUCCAGAGCUUCGCUGAUUGAUCGCCAUGGAAUCGCUCGUUUGUCGUGUACUGCUCUUCAUUCUGAUCGUUCAUCAGGUGUCGUCCGCAGAUCAUCAGACGGUGUUUCGGUCCCGGAGGAGGGCCAGUGCUCUGCUGCUGCGCUCCAGAAGGGCCAAUACUUUCCUGCUGGAGGAGGUCCUGCAGGGGAACCUGGAGAGAGAGUGCCUCGAGGAGAGAUGCAGUAAAGAAGAGGCCAGAGAAUACUUCGAGAACGACCAGAAGACAAAUGAGUUCUGGAACAAAUACUAUGACGGAGAUCAGUGCCUCUCGAGCCCCUGUAAACACGGCGGGACCUGCAGGGACGGGAUCGGAGGAUACACCUGCACAUGUGAGGAGACCUACAGCGGCAGCGACUGUCAAACCGAUAAAUCUCAGUGUCCGUCCGCUGGGCCUUCUGCAUGCGAGCAUUUCUGCAAACCCACGCUGGAUUCGUACCGCUGCUUCUGCGCUCGAGGAUACACGCUUCACAGCGACGGCAGGAGCUGCUCGCCUCACGUUCAGGAGCCGUGCGGGAGGAGCGAGACGUCCAGCUUCUGUCCGGGUGGACGCUGCUCGUGGGAGGUGAAGUUUGUGAACGCCAGCGGACGAUUCGUGUGUCACGGUGCGGUUCUGGGCCGGAGGUCCGUGCUGACGUCAGCCGGGUGUAUGUCUGCUCUGGAGAACCUGCAGGUCACUGUCGCGGGCCGUCAGUCCAGCUCAGAGCUGCGAGUGUCCAGCUGGACUCCACACAAGCGUUACGUGUCCGGUCCCGAGGAUGACCUGGCCUUCCUGGAGCUGCAGGAGCCCUUCCCUCAGAACAUGUCCCUCGUCCCGCUCUGUCUGCCGGAGAAGGACUACAGCGAGAACGUCCUGACGAGGGCGGGCCGAGGGGGCGUGGUCACGGGCGGAGCCACACACGCUUACCUCUCAUUGGACGACUGUCGCGACAGCCUCAACCUCAGCUUCCCGAUGACCAAUAAGAUGUUCUGCCUGCAGGGGCCGGGGCCCGAGGUAUCCGUCCGGAGCGGAGCCAAGGUGUGUGAGGUGAAGUCUGGGAGUCCUGUGGCCACGGUGGAGGGGAAGACCACGUUCCUGACCGGCGUUUCUCUGACCGCCGGAGGCUGCGAGGAUAGACUGCUCUUCACUAAACUCUCCAGAUACCUGCACUGGCUGAGACCGCUGCUGCUCGCCGCCGAGAGAGAGAAACCACUCUAAACAACCUCAGACCUCACCGUAAAACACACACAUUACAUUAGAAGAACCCCCCAACGACUUCUGAUUACCAUAAGGAUGAAAUAGAUCAUUCAGAAAUCAGUCUUAAACGCCAGUUUGCUGCUCAAACAAAUAUUACGUUGAAAACAGCAGAGCAGAUAUUUUUCAGGUUUCUUUGAUGAAUAAAGUUCAGAAGAACAGGCUUUAUCUGAAAUACAAAACAUGUCAUAAACGUCAACAGCAGCAUUCAUUUCUAUAUAAUAGUUCAACAUUUGCUGUUUAUAGUGAUUAUAAAUAAUAGAAAUGAGAAACGUCAUCCACGCUGUAAAUCUUUUCAUUCUUUUAGGUUGUAAAUAAAGCUAUUAAGUGUU